CAGAUCCUAAAAGUUUGAAAUAAGCAGUUCUCUUCUUGUUGAUACUCACCUUUUGUGUUAAUUUCUUUCGUGUUUUAUCGGUCGAUAAGUGACAUUUUGUUUCAUUCUCUUCCUCUCGCUCCCUAAAGUCGCUCCAUUAUCAACCGACCCACCGACCGACCUCUCCGAAGAAGCCGUUAUUUACAAUAUUUGCCAUUGAACACGAUUACUGGGGCGGUUCAAGACGCAAUAUCAACUCUCUCUCACCUCCUGUAACCCCAGAUGCUCGGCUGUAGGCCAUGUCCGGGAUUGCGCAUUUGUGCGACGACGUCUCCGGUAGCAGCGUCGUCACGGCUCCGUCUAACAAGACAGGCACGGAGCUAUCAUCCUCCAUUAUUAUUUCAAUUUAGCCCGAGAACACAUCACCCACUUCGGCCACCACCACCACCCCUACAACGACGCGUGUACUACACUGCCCUCUCCCCAGCCUCCAGGGUGGCCUUUUCCGACCGUUCUUUACAUCCCAAUUCCUCCUUCUCCACAACAGACAAUUACUUCUCUACAACAAGACCAACAACGUCGUCAUCGCCACCACAAUCACCCCUGAAAAUGGGUCAACAACACCGCACUCACGCCGGCCACAGUCACGGCCACCACCACCACCACCACGACAACAUCUACCUCACCUCCCAAAACAAAUCCGACGCCGGCGUCCGCAUCACCAGAAUAGGCCUCUAUUCCAACCUCGGCAUGGCCAUCGCCAAAGGCCUAGGAGGCUACGCCUUCAACUCCCAAUCCAUGGUCGCCGACGCCUGGCACUCCCUCACCGAUUUGGCGUCUGACGUCCUCACCCUCGCGACCGUGUCCUGGUCCCUCCGCCCACCAACGGCCAACUUCCCGAUGGGCUUUGGAAAAGUCGAGAGUCUCGGCUCGCUGGGGGUGUCUAGCAUGUUGCUUUUUGGAGGAAUAUUCAUGUGCAUGUCCAGCUGCGAGACUCUCUACGCUCACAUAAUGUUGGAUCCCGCCGCGGCGGCAGAGGCGCUGUCACAUGGACAUGGUCAUCACCAUCAUGGGCAUGGGCAUGGGCAUAGUCAUGGAGGAGGAGCGCCGAGUCUACACGCUGCUUGGCUUGCGGCUGGUACGGUGGCUGUUAAGGAGUGGUUGUAUCAUGCCACAAUGAAAGUAGCCCGCGAAAGAAAAUCCUCCGUCCUGGCGUCAAACGCGGUACAUCACAGGGUUGACUCUUUAACCGGCAUCGUAACCCUCCUUGCCAUCCUCGGAGCGAACUUUUUGUCGAAUGCGGCCUGGCUUGACCCCGUCGGCGGGCUGUUGAUCUCUUUACUUGUCAUCAAAGCUGGGUUGAGCAAUACACUCUCUGCGCUGUACGAGCUCGCUGAUCGGUCUAUUGAUGAGGAAGUUCGCAGUUCGAUCAAGUCACAGGUUUCAAAGAGUAUUGGAGAGCUAGGGGAGUCGGGAAACGUGGAGUUGACGGACGUGAGCGGGGUCAAGUCGGGGCAGAACUAUCUUGUUGAUUUGGAGCUGGGGGUUCCGGGGGAUUGGACGGUGGAGCAGGUGAGACAAGUGGAGGAGAAGGUUAGGGAAAGGGUCGGGGGGAAGGUGAGGGGGGUGAGGAGGGUUAGAGUGAGGUUUGUUCCUACAGGGCUGGAAGGGGGAAGGGGGCUGGGGGAGGAGUUUAUUGCUGGGGAGGUUAGUGCUAGGAGUAGUCCUGAGCCCGAGGAGGAGGGGAAUGGGCAUGAUCAUGGGCAUGAGCAUAAGAAGGAGUUGUAAAGGGGAAAGGUGGGGAGGAGUAUUGUAUGGCAUGACAACAGCAGGCUGGGGAAAGAAUGGGGGCGGCUGGAAUACUCGCCCACUGAAGGCCUGGGUUACUUGCACAUAUUUGUUUGCUUUUACUUUUACUGUACUUAGUUACUAGAUUUACAUAGCAGGACACAGCUGACAAACAGAACAUGAAAAAUUUGAUACCCUA